CGUUCGUUGUGUUCGGAAGUGGAUUGGAAUCUAAGCGUUCGGAUAGUGGAUAUUUAGUAGAUUUUUGUGCAAUAUGACCAAGUGGAGUUGUACAAACGGUUGAAUUACGACGAGGUAAUUGAUGCCAAAGGAGUGAGUUGGUCAGAUCAAUUGCACUAGCGGGUGGCGUGUUUUGGCAACGGAUCAGAAGAGCAGCAAGCACUUUGACAGGGCGUGAGGAGGAAUAGGUUCGUGCGUGAUAGAUUAGCGUAAUGUGGCAAGCACCGUCGGAUUUUGUGACAGAAUGUUGUGCCGUUGAUCAACAUUAGUGUCGUAUUUCGGCGAAUGGUUUAGAUUUUUUGCUCAUAUUUUGUCGGCGGAAUAGAUUGCAGAAACCGAAUCGGCCGGCCGGCGGUGAAGGUGGCAUCGUGUAUGCAACGUGGGGCUAUUUUUAGUGUGACCAUUUGAAGCCGUAGACGUGCGUUUCAAGCAUUCGGCGGGUGAAAUAUUUGACCGAGGCGCAACUCCCAGCAUCGUCGCUAGUCGCUGCUCAGCAAGAGUGUAAACAGCUGCGUCAACGAAGAAAAUCGAGAAGCACGAAUUUAGAGCGUGUCGGACUGUGAUAUUUGCGCAAUAUAAGGCGGGGGUGUGGAUUAAGUGAGAAUGUGUCGUUGUCGACAGCACUAAAUGAUAAGAAGAUCUACCAGAACCAAAGAAACCAGUCGGAGUCAGUGAAAGUACAAAGCAAAAUGUUGCAGCAUCCAAACAGCGAUUAUUACGAGUUAUCUGCGGCCAGUAAACAAACGCCCCCUACUUUCAGUCCACAGGCAGCGAAUGCGGCAGUUUUGGGGGCUAUGGGCGGCGGAGGUGGUAGCGGAGGGGGCUUGAACAACAAUAACAACAAUAACAACAACAACAAUGAUAAUGAUCUGGAUUUGAUGGGUCAGAAUGGGGGAUUGAACAGCACUGAUCGGGAAUCGAUGCCAAGUUUUGGAUUUACGCAGGAACAGGUUGCAUGCGUGUGUGAGGUCCUACAGCAGGCGGGCAACAUCGAACGGUUGGGCCGAUUUCUGUGGUCAUUGCCCCAGUGCGACAAACUGCAACUAAAUGAAUCCGUGCUCAAAGCCAAAGCCGUGGUGGCGUUUCACCGGGGGAAUUUUAAGGAGCUGUACCGAUUGCUGGAGCACCACCAGUACGCACCGCACAAUCACGCCAAACUGCAAGCGCUGUGGCUGAAAGCACACUACGUAGAAGCAGAGAAACUGCGGGGGCGACCCUUAGGAGCCGUUGGCAAAUACCGAGUCCGCCGCAAGUUUCCCCUGCCCCGAACCAUUUGGGACGGAGAAGAGACCAGUUACUGCUUCAAGGAAAAAUCAAGAUCGGUUCUGCGAGAUUGGUACACGCAUAAUCCUUAUCCCUCGCCGAGGGAGAAGCGGGAACUGGCCGAAGCAACCGGAUUAACCACCACCCAGGUCUCAAAUUGGUUCAAAAACCGACGACAAAGGGACCGAGCAGCAGAGCACAAAGAUACCGGCGAAUCCGACAAACAGCACCUGGACUCAUCGAGUGACUCGGACAUGGACGGUCCAAGUUUGGGCAUGCCUGGCUCCAACAGUGGACCGCAGCAGGUGCUCGCCGGAAGUGCGGCCCAGGGUCUCCACUUGGGUCACGGGGGACUCGGCGGAGGAAUUCCCGGCAGUGGCGGCCCCCUUUCCGUACCCGGCGCUCAAGCGGGCGGCGGUGGCGGAAAUGCCGGGGGCGGUGGACUGCCCGGACUAGGAAUCGAUCAUCAACCGCAGCCGCUGUCGACGCGAAACAGUAAUCUGAUGAAUAUCCCCACCGGAGGCAACAAAGCACUGGGGCAGCUGUCGUCGAGCUCGUUGACGGCGGCGUACUCGCAUCUGUGGGACCGCAGCAACGUGAUGGGAUCGAUGCCACCAAUCUACGACAUUGGAGACUAUCAGCAUUUAUGAUUUUAAGCGAUUGUGAUUGUGUUUAAGGGAAUGCGAUUUUUCUAUAUGAAUGGGGGUUUUGUUGUAGACUAUUAUAAUAGGAGUUUGGAAAAUUGAAUGCAAUUUUUUAAGUAGUUACAAUUUUCAAUUUCUUUAUCAACAGAUCAGCUCUAUAAUGUACUGUGUACUUUUAUUAGAUCUUUCUUAAUCAAUCAUAGUUUGAAAGUUGAAGUCCAGCCUAGUAAAGAGUAGGGAAGGUACGACUUGGAAGCACUCUCGCACUUGGAUUUUGAUUACUGUUUCUUUCUGUCUUUCGUAGCAAGGAACUGCUUAUUGUAAAGAAUUCCAACAUUUUUAGCGAAUUGCGAUUUAAUUAACAGUAAAAAAUAUAAUCAAAGUUCAUUGACUAUUUUCCGGUUAUUGAACAUCUGAGAUGGACAUUAAUUACAAUGUUUUGAAAACUUGAUGUGCAGAGAAGGGAUUCAAAAAAUUCCCGAAUAAGUAUUUGAGAAAUCCCCGAGAGAGAAUUCGAGAUGUUUCCGAGGGGGAAUUCGAAGUAUUCCCGAGAAGAAAUUCAAGAAACUCCCGAGGGGGAAUUUAAGAAAUUCUCGAGGGGGAAUUCGAGGAAUUCUAGAAGGGGAAUUACGAAUUCUUGAAGAGGAAUCUUAUGAAUCCCCGAGGAUGUAUUCUAGAAAUUCCCGAAGGGAAGAAUUCAAGGAAUUCCCAAGGGGGAAUUUGAGAAAUCCCUGAGGGGAAAUUUGAGAAAUCACCGAGAGGGAAUUCAAGGAGUUGCUAAAGGAAAUUCGAAGGAUUCCCGGGAGAAUACUCAAGAAGUUUCCGAGCGGGAAUUUGUGAAAUUCCCGAGAAGGGAUUCGAGAAAUUCCAGAAGGGGAAUUUGAGAAAUACCCAAAAGGGAGUUCUAGGAAUUUCCGAAGGGGGGAAUUCUAGGAAUCCCCGGGGGAGAUUUUCAGGAAUUCCGAAGAAGGAAUGCGAGAAAUCCUUGGGGGGAAUUUGAGAAAUCCCUGAGGAGGAGUUUGAGAAAUCCCUGAAGGGGAAUUUGAGAAAUCCCCGAGGAGGAGUUUAAGGAAUUCCCGAGAGUAAAUUUGUGAAAUUCCCGAGAAAUUCCAGAACGGGAAUUCGAGAAAUUCCCAAAAGGGAAUUCUAGGAAUCCCCGAGAAGGAGUUCUAGAAAUUCCCGAAUGGGAAUUUUAGGAAUUCCAGGGGGAGUAUAUCAGGAAUUUUAGAAAUCCCUGAGGGGGAGCUUGAGAAAUCCCUGAAGGGGAAUUUGAGAAUUCCUCGAGAAGGAAUUCAAGGAAUUCCCGAGAGGAAAUUUGAGGAGUUCCCGAGGA